CGGCGACAUCUCAAAUCACCAUUUUUCGAUUAAUACGAUUAUCACCAUGGAUCAAGUCAAAGAUACCCCGCAAACCCGCGAAAUGUACAACAAUCUCCCCGCCGAGCAAAAGAAGAAACAAUCCUACUCUGAAUGGCUGCAACAGGUCUACCGCGAGCAGUACGAUAAAUGGGUUCCCUGGUUGGAGGACCAGUAUCUCAAAUGGUUCGGGAAGGGUGAUAACAAGGCUUCUUACGUUACAAAGGACACCUUGAAUAAAUCAAAAGUAACAGGCGUCAAACAAGUCGACCAGCUGCAAGACGACGUGCACAACUUGAUCGGCAACCAGGUGGGCGAGAACGGCCUGUUGGCCCCCGUCGGCAAGAUGGUUUCCAAGGAGGGCAUCAAUCGGGCAGAGAGGGGUGGAAAGGAUGACCAGGGUUCAUAUGGGGGUCCGGCGGCUGGGUAUACAGAUCCGAUGAUUAAGAAUGCAAAAGGGGCGGUAGAGUCGGUGGGUGGGCUUUUUACUAAAUGAUUUUUAUUCUUUUCCUUGACGUGUAAUAUAAUGUGUUGCGAUAUGAUACCUG